AUGCCUCCUAAAAAAUCAGAUUCUCUAGUAUGGAAAUAUGUGACACGUGAUGGUAAUGAGCUCUUUUGUAAGGAAUGUAAGAAACCUUUCAAAGGAAGUUUAACAAGGGCAAGAGACCACUUACUUGGAAUCAGUGGGGGUAAAGGAGGAGGUGUUAGUGCAUGUCCAAAAAUGACUGCACAAAUGAGAGCUGGUUUAGAAAGAGAACAGUCCUCUUCGAUUGUAGGAAUGCUCAAGACGACACAAAAAAAACAAAGAAUUCAAGAGGAUGUGUCCAGGUUCACAUCUAUCUCUUCCUCUUCCAGUUUACCCAAUGCCUCUUCCAGUUUACCUAAGGCCACAGGUGCAUCAGGAGAAAGUGGAACACUGAAAAGCUUUUGGAAACCGGUAGAGAAACAACAAGUGGAUGAUGCAUUGGCUGAUUUGUUUUAUACAAGUGCCAUUCCAUUCAACGUGGCAAGAAAUCCUCAUUUCCGUAAUGCAAUUCAGAAAGUUGCAGAGUUUGGCAAAGGGUACACACCUCCAACUUCAGAGGCUUUCAAAACAACUCUUUUAGAGAGGUCAAAAGAUAGAGUGACAGAAAAGUUAGCUGAGGUCAAAGCUUCUUGGAAAGUAACAGUGAUUGACACCAUGAACCAGAAGAAAACUUCAGAAUAUAUUUUUCAGAUACUAGAUGAAGCCAUUGUUGAAGUAGGGGUGGAAAAUGUGGUUCAGGUGGUUACUGAUAGUGCAGCGAAUUGUGUGGGUGCUGGGAAGCUGAUUGUAGAGAAGUACCCACAGAUAUAUUGGAGCCCAUGUGCAGCCCAUUGUCUAGAUUUGCUACUUCAUGACUUGGCAAAAUUCCCAUGGAUACAUGAAGCAAUCCAUAGAGGAAGAGCAGUGGCAAAUUUCAUUAGAAACCACCGUCUCACAUUGAGUCUAUACAGGCAACAUGCAUCUAGGGAGUUGUUGAGGCCUUGUGACACAAGGUUUGCUUCAUUUUAUAUCACUUUGAAAAGAGUGAUUGAAGAGAAAGCAGCUUUGAGAUUGGUUGUUUGUUCCAAUGAGUGGGAAAGUUCAGCACUUUCUAAAAGUGCUAAGGGGAAGAACAUAGAGCAAAUCAUUUUGAGCAGCAACUUUUGGGAGAGUGGAGCAAAAGUUUUGAAUAUAUGUGGACCAAUUGUUGAUCGAGCACUAAAUAAUGUAGAAGCAGAGUACAUGGAGAUUUGGGAGACAGUUGAUUCCAGAUGGAAGAUGAUGCACACACCUUUGCAUGCAGCAGCAUGCUAUUUGGAGCCUAAGUUAUUUCAUAUUGAUAGACAAGCUGAUCCUGAAAUCAUGCCAGGGUUUUAUGAAGCCAUUAGCAGGUUUGAACAAGAUAGAACAAUUGCAGGUCUAAUUAGAGACCAAAGUUGGAAAUACAAGAGAGCAGAGGGGUUGUUUGGAAUAGAAGCAGCCCGAGAUGAUAUGACACGAGAUGAGGUACCUAGCUAUAGAUGGUGGAUGAGCUAUGGAGCACAAAAUCCUGAACUACAACGCUUUGCCAUUCGAAUAUUGAGUCAGGGAGCCAGUUCAUCAGCUUCAAAUGACUCCACAUCUUCUUCACAACAACAAAUUUCAGAAGGCAUGGUAACUGGAGUUGCAGAUGAGCCUGAGGAUGACUUUGUGGAUGAUGAAUUGGGCAGUGAUACUGAUGAUUAUGAUGCUACAGCAGCAACUCAGCCAUGUGCUCUUGACGACCUGGAGCUUUUUUGA